UCUCUCUCUCUCGUCUUCUUCUUUCGACUAAAAACAGCAAAAUCUAAUCCGAAUUUAAAUAUCUUCUUCGUUCUGGCCAUCAGAAGAAAAAAGGUUGAUGGGCUUUUCGUACGGGGGUGUCGGAGUUAUAAUCGUCGGAAUCAUCCUGAAAGAUCUUAUAACAUCAUUCUCUUUCGUCCAUCUCUCUCGUUUUUGUAAUGUUUUUUCAAAGCUGGAAUGUAAGAACAAGAUCCCCGUGGAGGAGAUAUUUCCGGCGACCAAGUUCGAGGAUAUUUCCCGGAUAAACCCGCUGGAGAGCUGUCGGAUUUGCGGAGAAGACGAGGUCCGGCGUCUGAGGAACUGCGUCCAUGUUUUCCAUCGCACUUGUCUUGACCGUUGGAUUCAGGACGACGAGAUUACCUGCCCGCUAUGCAGAACCCUGAUCGUUCCCGAAUUUUAUUUUCUACGCCUGCAAUAAAAUUAUUACAUAGAUAUCAAAACUCGUAUACUUGUGUAUUUUAGGUUUUAAUUGUACGUAAGUAUCUUUUUUUUUUGUUCACUGUAUUUAGAGA